ACAGUCUCAGUGCUUGGAUUUUUAAACCUUCCAAGUUUGAACGCUUCCUCCAAAAUCCAGACGUAGUUAAGAAAAUGUGUUAGUUGGGCUUCAUUGAUAACAAAAUAGUAGUAGUGUCCUCUGCUUUAGAUGGGUUGUUUAUCAGCAAUGGAUCUUCAAAGAAUCCACUACGCUUGGCUACUGGUUUCUCUCUUUCAAAUUACAUCUAUAGCAGCCGUGACAAAUUCUAAGGAUGGUGCUGCUCUGUCUGCCCUCAAGAUUGAUUGGCAGAAUACACCAAAAAAUUGGGUGGAUUCAGAUCCUUGUGGUGAUGGUUGGGUUGGGAUUAAGUGCUCUAAUUCUCGAGUGAUCUCUAUAACAAUAUUAAGCAGUAGACUGAAAGGUCCGUUUUCGGAAAACAUACAGUUCCUCUCUGAGUUACAGACACUGGAUCUAUCUUCCAACAAAAACCUGACUGGACCCAUUCCAGCAUCAAUUGGGAAUUUGAAGAAGUUGACUUCCUUGACCCUGAUUGGUUGUGGUUUCUACGGUCAGAUCCCUGACUCAAUAGGCUCUCUACAAAAUCUGACAUUUUUAGCUCUAAAUUCUAACAGGUUCAAUGGAAAAAUACCAUCUUCUAUUGGUAAAUUGGCUAAGCUUUUUUGGUUGGAUCUAGCUGACAACGAGCUCACUGGACCUAUACCAAUCUCCAAUGGGACUACACCUGGUCUUGACAUGCUAGUCAAUACCCCACACUUUCAUUUAGGAAAGAAUCAGCUCUCUGGUACCAUUCCACCUCAACUUUUCAGUUCAAACAUGAAACUUAUACAUGCGCUUUUUGACAACAACUUACUCACUGGAAGCCUUCCUUCCACUCUUGGACUUGUUACAGCCUUGGAGAUUAUACGGUUUGAUAGGAAUUUGCUAAGUGGAACAGUCCCUUCAAACCUUAACAACCUCACAAGUGUUGUUGAGCUGCAUUUAUCCAACAAUAAUCUGAGUGGCCCCAUUCCAGACCUUACUGGGAUGGAUGUCCUCAAUUAUGUGGACCUGGGAAAUAAUAAUUUUGAUAUAACAGAUGCCCCGUCAUGGUUUUCAACAACCUUUGGGUCCUUGACCACACUGUUGAUGGAUAAAUCUAAUCUUCAAGGAGCAAUACCAGCCGCUCUGUUCAGCAAUCCUCAAUUACAAACUGUGAGUCUAAGAUACAAUCGGCUUAAUGGUACAUUAGACAUUGGUGCUGACUUUAGCAAUCAACUGCAACUCAUUGAUUUACAAAAUAAUUCAAUUCAAGCUUUUUUGGAUACAGGAGUAUACCAUAACCACUUAAUACUCCUGGGUAAUCCAUAUUGUGCCGCAAAAACAGGAGCAGCAUCCCAAUACUGCAUGCAGUCCGAGAAUCAAUCUAUCUCAUCAUAUUCAACUGCCUCAAUGAAUUGUGUACCUGUUGUUUGUCCUUCAGACCAGAAUGCCAGCCCUACCUGUAAAUGUUCAUACCCAUACAAGGGAACCCUAGUUUUCAGAACUAUUUCCUUCUCAGACUUGGGAAGAUCAUCAUAUUAUAAAGAUCUUGAAAGUUCACUUCUGCAUUCAUUUGGGACCUAUCAACUUCCUGUGGAUUCAGUUUCUUUAAGCAACCUAAGAAAGGACUCAUAUGAUUACCUUGAAAUAAGUCUGGAGAUCUUCCCAUCUGGAAAUAAUCGUUUCAGUUGGUCAGAGAUAUUGGGAAUUGGUUUAAUGCUGAGCAACCAAACCUUUAAGCCACCAAAUUACUUUGGGCCAUUUUAUUUCAUUACUACAUACUAUGGUUAUUUUCGAGAAUCUUCUACGAAAUCAAACAAUUCGGUGAGACUUGGAAUUAUUAUUGGAGCAGCUAUCGGAGGAUUUCUAGUUGCACUCGUGCUGAUCUGUGCAGGAUUUUAUGGUUGUCGUCAGAAGAGAAGGGCAGAGAGAGUUAUUAAACAGAACAUUCCUUUCGCAUCCUGGGACCCGAGUAAAAGUAGUGGUAGUAUUCCUCAGUUAAAAGGAGCUAGAUGGUUCUCUUUUGAGGAACUGAAGAAAUGCACAUGUGAUUUCUCAGAGGCUAGUGAGAUUGGAGAGGGGGGAUAUGGGAAGGUUUAUAAAGGGACAAUUUCAUCUGGGCAUCUGGUUGCCAUUAAAAGAGCUCAACAUGGAUCCUUGCAGGGCGGUCUUGAGUUUAAAACUGAGAUUGAGAUGCUUUCCAGGGUUCAUCAUAAGAACCUUGUGAACCUUGUGGGUUUCUGUUUUGAGCAAGGGGAACAAAUUUUGGUGUAUGAAUAUAUCCCAAAUGGUACUCUAAGGGAAAGUCUUUCAGGGAAGUCAGGUAUACAAUUGGAUUGGAUGAAGAGACUUCAGGCGGCCGUAGGAUCAGCCAGGGGUCUGACUUAUCUGCAUGAACUUGCUGAUCCUCCUGUAAUACAUAGGGACAUUAAAUCAAACAACAUCCUCCUUGAUGAGAGGUUAAAUGCAAAAGUUUCUGAUUUUGGUCUCUCCAAGCUAAUGAAUGAUUCUGAAAAGGAUCAUGUCACAACUCAAGUAAAGGGGACGAUGGGUUACUUGGAUCCAGAAUAUUAUAUGACGCAGCAGUUGACCGAGAAAAGUGAUGUUUAUAGCUUUGGAGUAGUAAUGUUGGAACUAAUAACUGCAAGGAAGCCAAUAGAGCGGGGGACUAAUUACAUUGUGAGACAGGUGAGGGUAGCGAUGGAUAAGACAAAGGAUCUGUAUGGCCUCCAUGAUUUUAUUGACCCAAACAUAAAUGGCUCAGGACACACACUCAAGGGAUUUGAAAAUUUUGUGGAUCUGGCACUCAACUGCGUAGAAGAUUCGGCAGCCAACCGCCCAACAAUGAGCCAAGUUGUAAAAGAAAUUGAGAGGAUAAUGCAGUUGGCUGGUCUAAACCCAAAUGCCGAAUCGUCUCCAUCCACUUCAGGAACUUAUGAUGUUGGGAAAAGUAGAUCAGGAAAGCCCCACCUUCCCUACAGUAAUGAGUUCUGUGAUUAUAGUGGUGACUUCUUACCUUCCAAGGUGGAACCCCAAUGAUGUGGAGUAGGAGCAUUUCAUUGUUUUCCUAAACAUGUUGGAAUAUGAAUUUGGUAGCGGAUGGUUACCAUAUUCUGGUUGCUUCAGUGGCAAUCCACAAUUGUGUAUGUAUGAUCUUUGAUAUGUAUAUGUGACAUUAGGCUUGCUUAAAGGUUGAUAGAUGGCAAUGAUUUUAUUUA